AUGGUGACUGGAAUCAUGGAGAGGAGAUUGGUGAUCCUUUUCAGUGAAGGGUUGACAAAACCACUCAAAGGUUGGAUUAAAGCCUUUGAUCCACCAACCCUGCAGGAGGCCAUGAAGAAGGCAAGAAACAUGGAGUGGGCUGCUCCUAAGGCAAAAUUUCAGUCAAAUUCCCCCUUCCAGAAAAGGGAUAAAGGGAAAAGACCUCAGCAUAGACCUCCUUUGAGACCUCAGCACAAGGAGUUCAAACAUCACAAUCCCCAUGUCACUAGGUUGGAUCCUGAAACCCUGAAUGAACUCAGAAGAAAAGGGUUGUGUUUCCGGUGUAGGGAAAAAUGGUCUCAAGAUCAUGUUUGCCCUAAGGGAGUUAAAUUCAAUCAGAUUGAGUACUAUUCUGCUGGUGAAAGUAGUUCUGAUUUUUCCGACCAGCAAUCUGAUUUUGAAGAAAGUGAGGUAGAAAGAGCUCCAGAAGAGUCCGGAGAUGAGAAGGAAAGUGGUGGAGUUUUGGCUCAGCUUUCGAGCUUCCAAAGAAAGGAAUCAUUCAAGGUUCGAGGGAUGAUCAAAGGGCAGCGAAUCGUUGCCUUGAUCGACACUGGAGCAACACAUAACUUCAUUGAUGAAGUUGUGGUAGCAAAGAAGGGGCUGCAAACAGAGGAGUUUGAGGGCUUCAAGGUCAUGGUUGCCGAUGGAUUCCAUAUUUCAUGUACUAAGAAAAUCUCGAACCUGACCAUGCAAUUGGGGAAUUACGAAGUCAAGGAUGACUUCUAUGUAGUCCACAUUGGAGAUACUGAUGUUGUCCUAGGCAUUCAAUGCUUGCGUUCUCUUGGGGAGAUCUCCUUGAAUUUGCAGACUAUGGAGCUGAAGUUUCAAUCUGAUGGGAAGAAGAUAGUUCUAAGAGGAAUGUCCAAUGGGGGCCCUCGGGUUGUGUCAUUCAAAAGAAUGGCAAGGUUGAUCUGUCACGAUCAAGCCGAGUGGGUUGCAAAGUGCAUGAUCCUUCCUGCUAGUCCGGUUGAGACUAAACGAGACCAUCCUCCUGAUGUUCAGUCUCUACUCACGAAGAAGAGCAAGGUCUUUGCAGACUUGCCUCCUGGACCACCACCUGAACGGGGUUCAGAACAUAUCAUAGAGCUCAAGGAAGGAGCUAAACUGGUGAUUACAACUCCAUAUCGGUACCCGAAGAGGCAAAAGGAUGAGAUUGAGAAGAAUAUUCAAGAACUCUUGGAGAUGGGUUUCAUUCGCCCAAGCAAGAGCCCCUUUGCAUCUGUCGUGGUUCUUGUGAAGAAGAAGGAUGUUCUUCUCGAAGAUCGAUUUGAGAUCGGGUUACCAUCAGAUUCGAAUGAGAGGAUCGGAUGUGGAGAAGACAGCUUUCAGAUCAAGACUUGGGAGGAUCAUCUCAAGCACUUGGAGGAAGUGCUUAGUAUUAUGGAAUCUGAGAGUUUGUUUGCAAAAGCAUCCAAAUGUGAAUUUGGAAUGGAGGAGUUACUGUACCUUGGCCACAUAAUCAGUGUUGAGGGAGUAAAGGUGGAUCCUGAAAAGAUCAAGGCAGUAGUUGAGUCGCCACCUCCUGAGAACUUAACUCAGUUGAAAGGUUUUCUGGGUCUUUGUGGUUUUUAUCGGAGAUUCGUAAAGGGGUAUUCAUAG